AUGAAUACUGCUGAAGACGAGGAAAAUGUCGAAUUAGUUGCACUCUUUGAACCGGCUGAAAAUCUUGUUCAACAAAUGGAAGAUGGCAAUUUGACAACAAUUGAAAUUCAGGUUUGAUUUUUCUCAAUACUUUGAAAGAAAAUGUGGUUUUUUCAGCCGAAACUCAAAGAAAAUAUGACAAAAUUAGAGGAAUUAACGAUUCUUGUGAAUAAAUUAGGAAUGUAUUCGAGUAACGAAUUGGUGAGUUUCUUUUUUUUUUGAAAUCUGUCAAAAUCUCUAUUUAAAUCUUGAAAAAUUCAGAUUGAAGAUGUUCAAACGCAAUCUCUUCGCUUCCUUUUGAUUCCUUGCUAUCUUGGUGUUUUCCAACAAAAUUUGAUCGCUGAGCCCAAACUCAAACUCGAAGCUCUUCGCAAGUCCCAAAUUUAUUAUCGCAAUUUUCUGGAGCGAUUGCGUGAUUUGACUGUUAUUCUUGAUUGGGAAUCAUCAACUUCGAGGGAAGAAGAAGAGGAGGAGAAAUCAAGUAAGAAACCUAUGAAAUUGACGCCGGAAGAAACUAGAAGAUUGAAAUUGGAGCGACAUCGAAGGAAAAAGGAAUUGAAGAAAAACGAGGAAAAUAUUCGAUAUUUGCAGAAAACUCAAAGAAUUGAUGAGGAUCAAUUGAGAGAAUUGUAUAUUAUUCAAUUGCAAUAUUGGGCUGAAAAAGCUUUUGAGGAAAUUCAAUCGAUUGAAGGUAAGGUCCUUUAGAAUUCCUUUAGUAAAGGGCAAAAAAUAUAUAAUUUUUUUCCAGAUGAAAUACCAAUUCUAAAAAUGAUGGUUGAGCGACCACUUCCACCGCCAGAAAAAGAAAAAUCACAGAGCUCACGGAAGCCGAUGAAACCAUUUGUGAUAACUCGCGAUCAAACACAAAAACAAGUUUUCGGGUUGGGUUAUCCGAGUAUUCCAACAUUGACUGUCGAUGAAUGGUAUAAUCAAAGGUUUGGACAUGAAGGAGGUGGAGGACCGGCGGCUGCGAGUGCGAUGGCGAAUCAGAUUGCAGGAGGAUCUGGAGAAGGAGAUCAUCACGGACAUUCACAUGAGUUAGUGGUUUUGGGGGAGGGUUUGGGAGCUUUUCGAUUUCUAGACUUACAAGGGUCAGGUGUUGAACUUUUGAUGAAACAUAUCGAAAUAUACCAAAUCGACCAUGCUGAUCAUGAUUCCGAAGUCAAAACAAACUCCUGUGAGCACUUUUCUGGAGCUCCAAAGUUAAAAUUGAGGGUUGGUUUUUGCCCAUUUUCAAGGGUGGAAAAUCAAUUUUUAUAACAUGGAUAAGAUUGGUCACCACAUUCGAAAACCUAUUCGCUUUUUAGUUUUCCAAAAAUUAUGAAAAACCAUCUGAAAACUGGAAUGUUUUAAAAGGUCCUGAAAAUUUUUUUGUGCAUUUUGAAAAAUUACAGUUUUCAGCUGGUUUUUCAUAUUUUUUGAAAAACUAAAAAGCGAAUAGGUUUUGGAAUGUGGUGAACAACUUUAUUCAUGUUAUGAAAAUUAAUUUUCCACUCUGGAUCAUGGUGAAAAUGGGCGAAAACCAACCCUCAAUUUUAACUUUGGAGCUCCAGAAAAGUGCUCACAGGAGUGUGUGGCAAUUUUUGACUUCGAAGUCGUGGUCAGCAUGGUCGAUUUGGUAUAUUUUGAUAUUUUUCAUCAAAAGUUCAACGCCUGCAUUUCACUUGUUAGAAGAGUGUUCAAAAAUGUUCAACUUUUAUCAAGUUAAAAAAGAGUUAUAAUCAUUUGAAGCCUAUAAAAUCAGUGUAAAAAAUAGCUACGUCUGCUCAGGCGUGAAAAGAAGAUUUCAAACUAUAUACAUUUUCUAAUGUAGUUUCUAGUAUACUUUUGAUCUUCCCAUAAUUAUCUUUGAUUCAUGAUCUUUCAAAAUAGUCUGCUAUUUAGCUUCGUGAGAAACACGGUGUGAUCUUUCUCUAUUUCAUAAAACCCAAUUCCAAUUCAGUAUUAUUUUAUUAGUUGGUCCGAUUCUAAGAACAGGCUAGAAUAUACAUAUACAUAUACAUAUACAUAUACAUAUAUUUUUCUAGCCAAAAACAAAGAGCCUAAACAACUUUUUUCUAAUUAACAAAAGAUGGCAAACUUAACAGAGAUGCCUUUUUUGAUAAUAUAUUUACUAGUUGUGAUUUAUUCGUGUAGAAUUUUGCAACUUUUAUACCCGUCAAUUGAAAAUAGUGCAUUUUUCUAUAUGUUUUUUGUGUCAGGUAAAAAAAUAGUCUUGAUUUAAUAAGAAUUCAUUCAAAAUUGUAGGAUUUGUUGAUAUUCUUCAUAUGUUGAUUUAUUGUUACAUAGAAGUUUUCAAAUUAUUGAUUCCUAGUGAAAUUUAUAUAAAUACUAGUCAUUUUUUCACAUAUUUCGAUUUCUAUUUCUUCUUGGUUCAUUCAAUUUGCAAUACUUAUCUCACAAUUAAUCGAUACACUUCAACUUUUGUAAACUUGGAUAGAUUUUGGACAAUGAACAAAGUAAAAUCAUAUCUAUCGGCUAGUUUCUUUAUCUCUUUCAUUUUUUGCAUUCCAAUUUUUAUAAGUGACAAAGAAUUGCAACUUAUCAAUGGGAAUAUCAAACUAAUCAAAGAUAGCGAUGGUUUGAUAUUGGAACGUAUAAUUUGUGCCGCGUUUUUAUCGACAUCGGAAUUGUUGAACCUCAUGAUUUGUGUUCGAACAAUAAUGAGGCUCAAAAAAAUGACAUCGACGAAAAGUGAACGAAAACUUGUUGUUGUGGUAUUGGUGCAUGUUGUUUUCUCGAUUGUUAUUGUGGCUUAUGAAGUCACAAAUGUUCUCAAUUUUCAAGAUGAGAUUUCGCUGUUUUUAAAGAAAAAUGUAACAUAUUUUAAAAACAGUUAUUGAGAUUAAAGGUUCAUUUUUCAGUGGAUGCCAUUCUCAUUCGCCUUAUUUUUCUGCAAUUUUUUGACAAUUACCAUUGCAAAAUCAUCGAUUCAAAAAGAAAUUUUCAAAUUAUGCUACAAGCGAAAAUCCUUGUUUAUCUCGAUUUUAGCUCCAAUUCCAUCCAAUAGAACAAAUUAAAUUCGGCGAAUAAAUAUUCUCAGAAAUCGUAUGAAAAAAGCAAUUCCAAUUCCAUAAAAUUUUACCGAAAUACUAGGUUUCUUUCUUAUUUUUAUUUUUUCUGGUCCUUUUUCACUUCAAAAUUUAUUUUUGAACUAUGAACUUAGUCGAAAUCCCAUUCGCUAUAGGUUACAUAAUAUUUAUAUCAUACAGUUGCCUAGUUUUACUAUUCCUUUACGCUUCAAUCAAACACGGUGCAUUUUUCUAUAUAUUUUUCGUGUCUGGAAUUAUUGAUAUUCUCCAUAUGGCGAUUUAUUGUUAUAUACAAAGUUUGAGAAUUAUUCUAUCCGAAGAGAUGUUCAUACAUUCUCAUCAGAUUUUUACGUAUGAAGGGUUGCGUUGUGAUUUUGCGAAUAAAUGUAGAUAUAAUGGUAGGUAGUGACAUACUGUGAUUUUACAAGGGAACUGUUUCAACUGAUUUUUAAUGAAAUGUAUUUUUUCUAGUAGUUUUUGACCCACUGAUCACUAUUCCGUUGUCUAAAAUUGCAAAGCUCAUGACAUGGCAAAGUUGGAAAAUUUGGGACUUUAGGAGGUCAUAACUAGCUUUAAAAAUGGGUUUGAGGAAAAUCUGAUAGCAUAGCCUUGUUCAGAGGGCUCAAUAACAUAAGUACACGAGGUUUUUCCUGAAAUCCGUUAUCGACCCUUCUGAACAAGUUCUGACCUCCUAAAGUCCCAAUUUUCCAACUUUGCCACGUCAUAGGAGUUGAGCUUCGCAAUUUUAGACAACAGAAUAGUGAUCAGCGGGUCGAAAAUUAUUAGAAAAACAUAAAUUUUAUUAAAAAUCUCCUUAAAACAAUUCCCUUACGUUUCUUUCAAGUUUUUCACCUUCUCACGGAUUAUCUCGAUUUUUUCUUCAUUUAUUUCCAUAUGAUUUGUAAUAGUCUAAUGGCUAUCAAUCGAUAUUGUGCAACUUUUGUUGCGAUGACCAAAGUGAGCUUAUUUUUUCCUAUAAAAACUGGCUGAAAACUGUUUUUUUAGUAUUGGACAAAACCGAUUCUUUACAUUUUCGCUUGUUUUAUUCUAUCAUUCUUGAUAUGUAUUCCAAUCACAUUUCGAAGUACAGAAAUUCAAUUAGUUAAUGGAAAGAUUGUUGAAAAUAGUGAAAAUGAUGUGGGAUUAGAACUGCAACGAAAAUUAACGAUAAUAAUUAUAUUUUUGUGCGAAAUGGUGAAUCUUAUUUUCCUUAUGCUAACUAUUAUUCGACUGAAAAUUGUGAAAUCUUCAAAAUCUGAGAGGAAUUUGAUGAUUGUUAUUUUUGCGCAUAUUGUUUUUUCGAUGAUUAUUGUUCUUUAUGAAGUCACAGUUAUUUUCAAUAUUCAGAAUUUUGUAUCAAAGUUUCUUUCUGAAAAUGUAGGUGGGAUUUUGGAGCAAUUGAAAUUCCAUUCAUUUUCAGUGGACUUCAUUGGCAUUUUCUCUACUUUGUUGUAAUUUUAUCACAAUUUCGAUUGCAAAAACUUCAAUUCGACGAAGUUUUCAAGAAAUGUUUGGGUUCAAGAAAAAUACGACGAUUUCGGUGAUACCGUAUUCGGUUUAUAGGAUUCUUUGAAUUUCAGAAAAUCUAGUUGAAUGUUUUUGUGGCUGGGAAAUUCCCUGGUGAAAAUUUACGCCUAGCGAGCUCCAAUAUAAUUAAUUAUACAUACGCUAACAAAUAAAUUACUCACAAAAACACAAAUCUUCUUUGCAAGAUUAUUUUGUCAUAACACGAUGGAUUUCCGUGAAAUUCCCACUGUUUUUGUCUAUAUUUUGACUGUUAUAUAUUGUUGCCAAAUAAUGCGAUAUCUUCACACUUUCAUCAAAAACAGCCCGUUUUUCUAUAUGUUUUUUGUGUCAGGUAAAAAUAGUCUUGAUUGAAGAAUCCAUCAAAAAUUGUAGGAUUCGUUGAUAUUCUGCAUAUGUUGAUUUAUUGUUACAUUCAAGUUUUCAAAUUUCUGAUUCCCCAUCAAAUCUACAUUCAAACCAAUCAUUUCACCUCAUAUUUCGAUUUUUAUUUCUACCUGGUUCACUCGGUUUGUAGCACUUAUCUUACAAUUAAUCGAUAUACCGCGACUUUUGUUAACUUGGAUCGAUUUUGGACGAUGAAUAGGGUGAAAUCAUAUCUAGUUGGAAGUUUUGUUGUCUCUUUCAUUUUCUGCAUUCCACUUUUGUACAAUGAACGGGAUUUUCAUUUGAUUGAUGGGAAAUUUGUGAAUGCUAAUGUUCGAAAUGAGGAUGAAAUGAUUUUGGCACGAAUAAUCUGUGCAGCUUUCAUAUCAAUUUCCGAAGUUCUAAAUCUAUUCAUCUGUAUUCUCACAAUUUUUCGACUCAAAACAAUCAAUGCCUCAAAAACUGAGCGGAAUCUUGUGAUUGUUGUUCUGGCGCAUGCUGUAUUUUCGAUUCUAAUUGUGGUUUAUGUCAUCACAAGUUUACUCGAUUUGCAGGAUUUUGUUUCGAAUUUCUUGAAGAAAAGCGUAUGGAUUUUGGGUUUGAAAAAAAAACAUUUUGAUUGAUGUUUUUUCAGUGGAUGUUUUUUACAUUUGCACAUUUUGCUUGUAAUUUUAUCACAAUUACAAUUGCGAAUUCAUCUGUUAGACGAAGUUUUAUGGAUUCUUUGAAAUGCACGCGGAAAAUUAAGAGUCGAUCAAGUGUUGUUAUUGCAAUGCAAAGUUCUAGACAAAGUAUUGCGGUUGCAAAGUUUUGAAUUUAGAAAAUUGUCGUUUGAAUAAAUAAAGAUUUUUAAUUUGGGUCUAGAAAUUGAAUAAUUUCGAUUCUCUAUUUUUUCAGAAUCAAAAAAAAAUACGUUUCAAAUUUUUGAUAUAAAUUAUUGUCAAAUAUUGUAUCAAUACUUAUUUCGAAUAAAUGAUGAAUAACUCAAAAGCAAAAUUUCAAAUUGGAAAAUGCUCUAAGUUUCGAAGAAAAUUCAGAAAUUAUCAAUUUUUGGAUCAAAAUUUAUGAAAAUUUUAUUAAAUUACAAAGCAUAGAGAAUUUACAAAUUUUUCAGUCUGAAAAAGUGCGCUGAAGUCUCAGGCUUUUUAAAAAAAUGGUUUCAAAAAAUAGAAAAAUUUUGGCAGAUUUGAUGAAUCAAAUGCGAUAGUUAGGAUUUAUGAAAACUCAUUUUUCUAGACCUGGAGAGGCUUGUUCAAGCGACGAGGAAGACGAUGAUGCGAUUCGAGCCAAAGGAAUGCAAUGGGAUGAAUAUAAAGAUGAUCAUAGAAGAGGAUGGGGAAAUACACAUAAUAAAGGAUAA